AUGCCCCUUUCAUACUGCUGCCACAUCAUCGCAUCCAUUGAGCUGCGGUAUGCAUCGGACACACGCAUACCCAAGAAGAUUCUUCGAGCUUUUAAGUAUCCUAGGAUCGAGGAUCACGAUGAAGCUCCUGGAUCGUCUAGUGGCGAGUUUCUCGCCUCUCCGGCGACCUGGAUGGACGACGUCGAUGUCUGCAACAGCAUCCUUCAAUCGCACGGCUACUCAAUCGGGGGUGGCGCCUUAAGUAUAAGGAAGCUGGAUUCUAAUGCCGGGCAACCCAUAAAGCGGUUGCGGAACCAACCAAGCCGAGGCGAACCAACUUCCGGGCAGACGCCCAUAACGGAGAAUGGAAAUAUAGACGGCGCCGUUAUGAGCUAUAUAUGCGGCAUCGUGAGGCGUUCAAUGGUGUACCACUUAUGCCUCUACGAUGACUACUCCAAGGACUUUGAACACAUCGUUUCCAAACCAUCCGAUGUCACUCGGGAUAUUUGCAGCAUACGCAAGCAUUCGGCUUAUGAGAUGCUGUGCAGCCUAAGGGAUUGUCUAACGCAGCUGCGCAGCAGGAGCACUGACACCAUGGAGGCAGUGCUCGUCACCGACGAGUACAGCGGCAUAUUCACGAAUGAAGAGAUCAUCAUCACACGCUCCACAAUUGGCUUUCGCAACAUGCUUGCCGAUGAGGGUAUUAAGUUUUACAACUUGUACGAUCCGGCUUCCUCUUCCUCUGGUAACCUCCUAGCCUUGGAAAAUUGGGGCAACUGUCUUGACAAUCUCGUCAAUGAUUAUUUACAGAUGUCAACAACAAAGGAUCGGGAAGAUAACCAGGAACCUAAAAGCGAUGAGUUGGCCAUCGUUCCGGUGUCAGAUGGAGCCCCUUUUGUUGAGAGCACGCUGCCUGCGAAGGAUGCCUUUUUCAAGGCACUCAAUCUGCCGGUGUCUGAUCAUGACAUCAACGUGUUGACCGUGAAAGGGCGCGCACACUGCCGAAAGCUGUUGAAAUUUUUAGAUAGGCUGUGUAAGUCGGCGCUUUUGAAACUGAAAUCAGCGAGGUUGCACUGUGCCCCCGUAAAAAUUGUGCUGUCGAAUUUCCCUGUAAUAUUCUCUAAGCUCCAGGAACUCCGCAUUUCAUCCGACGAAAUGGAGGAUGGCGUCGCCAAUGAACACAACAGCCUUAGCAUUAGAGGCCUGAUACUGCCGGGUGUUUUGAAUGGUAUCUUCAAAGUCGUACGGCGCAUGCAGACUCAGGGCACAAUCCAAGAUGUUUCCAUAACUCUCACAUACAAUACUGAUAUGGACGCUGAGCUCCAUGAAAGCAUGCUACAGAUAUCGGAGAAAAACAGGAUAUACAACAAUUUCAUGGCGAACGUAAAUUCGUUGGAGAGCACCUCACAGAGGAUUUAUCGCACGCUGAGGAAGCUGGUGCCAUUUACCAACUUCGUGGUGCACAAGGGGAGGAUUAGCGUGCCUUACAAGGGUGCGCUCAGGGAUCACGGUCAUAUCGAGUUGUCGCAUCCCGACAAUGUCCCCAAACUGGAGAGCAGGACCCUGUACCUCACUGACGCGUCCCUUUCCCAGGAGCAUAUGAGGCCUAUGCCUGCAGAAUCUGAACAAAGUUGCGACAAAGUGGUGGUAUUGAAAGACACGCUUUAUGCCAACCUCGCUAUGGUGAAAUUUACCAUGGAACAUCUAGAGGGUGCGCAUACAGUUUCCGUGAUACCAACGAAAAGCCUCAUAGACGAAGUUCUUUCCUAUGUGCCCUGUAUUAGCGCCUCAUCUGAGAAGGAUAACUCGCGGUUCACAAAGUGUUAUGUUGAUCUCUAUCCCAUCCUAAACAAUGACAACGUGCAUGCGACCAUGGAUAUACAGCCGUAUCACUUGGUUAACUUAGCUUGGUUAAUGGGUUAUCUCCUCCAUCGUGGUGGGUUCUUGCCAUUUAUAGACCGUGAAAGCUGUAAUGAAAGCGCGGCGAUGCAAACGUUGGAUUCGGAUCUUUUGUAUUCGUCUCUAUCACUGUCCAGAUCGCUUUCCGAAGAGUUCAGCGUUUUCUUGGAUGGGUCGGUGCCGGAGAUGUUCAAAACUGAUGUGUCCCCAAUGGCCGGAGACCCUUUGGCCCAGCAGUCUUAUAUAAUAAAGCUCGUGCACCACGUGACUUUCAACAAGCGUUUUCAGAAUCUUUUGGGGAUGUCUUACCAUGAGCACGCCCGCAGGAAACUGGAAGGGAUGCCCAGUUUGGAUGUAAAGCGAAAGGUUUCGAAUGAUACGAUUUCUCUGAUCUCGCGUGACACCUCUGAGGGGUACACUGCCGUACUAACGCACAGCUGGAACACUCUGCUCCGGCGGGCUCAGUCCGAAUCAAUAACCACCGACUCUGGAAAAGAACAUGAUGACCGUAAUUCGGGUACUGAAGACCUUCCGACCUCUUUGAAUUCCUCGCAUAAUACUGAUGUUAUCACGUUGGAUAAAAUACCAGAACAACCCUGGCAAACUCAAACUUCAGCCGGAAAUCUUUUAAAUAUGCUCUCUGCCACAGCAGAUGGUGCGGUUAAACGGAAUCUGUUGCGAACGGAAAGUUACCAAUCCGUUUCAUCGGUCACCAGGGCACAUGGCAGAGUUCGUCAUUGCGUUUUCGAUUUCGAUACCAAAGCUUCCCUAAAGCACAAGAGCGACAGAUCUAAGCUACAGCAAGAGAUCCAUAAGACGUACCGCCCCGAUCAUGUACAAGGCGAGCGAUCUGGAAGUAAUCGCCACCUAGUGUUUGUUCUUUUGACAAACGACGCUGUUUCGUCACUUGCAUCAAGCAGAAUAAAGUUGGUCAAGGACGUCAUCAACUCAUCGGAUGUAAUGUUUUUACAUGGCGAGAAUGCUGAGGAGAGUGAACAGCCCAUCGAGUAUAACGCCUUCAACGCACAAAACGUCGAACGAAGAUACAAGUUGGAAUCAACAGCUGCAGUUGCGGAAGACUAUUAUAUCAAAGGUGGAAUGUCGUACUCGUUUUCUUUGGGAGUCAGCCGACUUCUUCCACACCUCGCGAGGCUGCAUAAAAAGGUUAGUUUCAAGCACAGAUCGUUUAAAUCAUUCUGCAACAUAGAAUUGUACUAUGUCAGAAUGGAUUCUGGCACAUCUCCUCGCGAAUCACUCUCGGUUCAUAGUCUCAUUGCGCCAGAUCGAGGCACGGCGAGGUCUAUUUUUCCUGGUAGGGUGAUAGUGGAGCAGUUUGUGAGUUACGCGUGGUUGUGUGAUGUUUAUUUCGACGGCUGCAUCGACCUGCGUGCUGAAAUAAGGCAGUGUCAAAAGAUGUCGACCGCAGGUGAGUCAAUGAUUGAUCAUUACUUCUCCAGGGAUGACGCGGAGCAACAUCGUAAGAGCAGCCACAGAUCCUUGACAUUUUCGGGCCCUUAUCGUGACGUCAAGUUCUUAUGGGGGUGGUCGAUUUAUAUGUUGGAUAGGAAAAAUGUGGCGGUCAGCGAUGACGACGCGUUACUCUUCAAAAUGCAUUGCGGCAUUUGCAUACGAGUACAUAGGUCGCUGAACGACAUUGCCAAAGAAGUGAAGAACGACUUGGGGUCACGCUUGAAACGGUUUAAUAUCGACGAGAGCGAUGUAUCUGCGUUUUUCUUCCACCCCAGGAUAUAUACUAAUUCGCUGGUGCUUCUGGACGACGCCACGUUGCGCAGUUCUGAUCUGGAGCAUUUAAAGAAAAACCCUUUUUACGCUAACGGGUGCGUCCGGGAAACAUUUGGGGGAUUCCCGAUAUGUUUUGGAAGGUACGAAGGUUUGCCUUUGUUAAGCUUGCGCUGGCUUAAGGACACGUUGCAAAAUGGUCGGCCGGAGCCGAUAGCGAAAUAUUUGCUACUAUCGUAG